AAUCAGGGCGGGUUUGACAGGCCGUUUCAAGCGCCAUACUAAACUAACCGGGAGCGCAACCCAAACACACACACACACACACACACUUUCUCAGCCAUGUCGUGGCGUUAAACUCGGGUGUUUCGAGGAAGGAACAAACUCUAAUGCGCGCGCGCUCCGGUGUGCGUGCGUGUGUGUCCGCGUGUUCCUGCGUGCCGGAGCGUUUCAGCGCGCGAGCUCCAGCGAUUUCUACGCGACAUCAACAUUUGCCGAGGAUUUGCACCAGUGAGGUCUCUUGUCCUGGGGCAGAAUGGAGGAGGAAGGGAAAGAGCUGAGUCCAGUGGACUUCAUCCAGCUGCAGCAGUACAUGGACUACUGCAGUUUGAAGGUGAAAGAUGUGCUGAGGGAAUUUGACGCAGAUGGCCAGUUGGCUCAGUACAGGCAUGGAGAGUGUAUUGAUGAGGAAGGCUUCCGUCUCUUCCUGAACACGUAUCUGGAGGUGGAUGAGUUUCCUCAGGAUCUCUGUGAGCGUCUUUUCAAAAGCUUCAAGACAUCCGACGAGGCCAGGGAGGUCUUUCUUAAAGACGUGUCGUGUUAUUUCUCCCUGCUGGAGGACGGGGCGCCUCGAGACAAACUAGAAUUCGCUUUCAGACUUUAUGACCGAGAUGGUAACGGAGUCCUGGACAGUUCAGAAGUGGACCGGAUUAUCGCUCAAAUGAUGCAUGCAGCUGAUUAUCUUAGCUGGGACGUGUCAGAGCUCAGACCUGUGCUGAAGGACAUGAUGAAGGCGAUCGACUCGGACAGCAGUGGAACCGUGUCGCUGGAAGAGUGGGUGGAAGGAGGGAUGAACAAUGUGCCUCUACUGGUCUUACUGGGGUUGAAGAUGACCCAGACGGACGGCCAGCACCUGUGGAGGAUGAAGCAUUUCAACAAGCCGACGUAUUGCAACGUGUGUCAGAGCAUGCUCCUGGGCCUGCGCAAACAGGGCCUCUGCUGCACAUGCUGCAGGUACACAGUCCACGGGCGCUGUGCCAACAGGAAUCCGGCUCCAUGCACUCGCACCUACGUCAAAUCCAAAAAGGACGCUGGGAUUUCAACCCACGACUGGAUAACUGGGAACUGUGAGUCCGGGAAGUGUGACAAAUGUCAGAAGAAGAUCAAAGGUGUGCAUGGAAAAAGCUGUGUGUGGUGCCAUGCUACGCGCCAUAACGAAUGCGCAAACCUGGAGCCCUUGGAGUGUAACUGCGGCCCGCUGAAAGACCACAUAUUACCCCCAUGGGCCAUUUACCCCGUCAUUAAGGAGAGGCAGAACUGUUUGAAGAACGGUGCAGCAGACGACACCGAGUACUACACUACACCUGAUGGACAGGUACUGCAGGUAAUUCCAAUCCGUGACACUCAUCCUCUUCUGGUGUUUGUGAACCCUAAAAGUGGAGGCAAACAGGGGGAGAGAGUUCUACGCAAGUUCCAGUACUUGUUAAACCCGCGACAGGUUUAUAACCUCUCCAAUGGUGGACCAGGACCAGGCUUGAGCUUCUUCAGGGAUCUUCAGGAUUACAGAAUAUUAGUGUGUGGAGGUGACGGGACCGUUGGCUGGAUCCUUGACGCCAUAGAUAAGGCCAACCUGCCAGUGCGCCCCCCGGUGGGCGUGCUUCCUCUCGGCACAGGAAACGACCUUGCACGAUGUCUGCGUUGGGGAGGAGGUUAUGACGGCGUGGACCUGACCCGUAUCCUGAAGGAGCUGGAGUUCAGCACUCCGGUGAUGAUGGACCGCUGGAGUGUGGAGGUGGUGAUGGAAGACAGUCAGGAGAAAGGAGACCCCGUGCCUUACGAGAUCAUCAAUAACUACUUCUCCAUCGGCGUGGAUGCGUCGAUUGCUCACCGGUUUCAUACCAUGCGUGAAAAACAUCCACAGAAAUUCAACAGCAGAAUGAAGAACAAGCUGUGGUACUUUGAGUUUGCCACCUCGGAGACGAUCUCAGCGUCCUGUAAGAAACUCAAGGAGUGCCUCACUAUAGAGUGUUGUGGCAUUCCCCUGGACCUCAGUAACCUUUCCCUGGAAGGCAUCGCUGUCCUCAACAUUCCCAGCAUGCAUGGUGGCUCGAACUUGUGGGGUGAAGCCAAAAAGAGCGACCGGACGAGCCAGGAUUUGCCCGAGGUUAUCGUAGAUCCUGAAGACCUUAAAGUCAGCCCUCAAGACAUGAGUGAUAAGCGUCUGGAGGUGGUGGGUCUGGAAGGAGCCAUGGAAAUGGGACAAAUCUACACAGGGCUCAAGAGUGCUGUCCGGCUCGCCAAGACCUCCCAGAUCACCAUUAGGACGAAGAAGCCUAUGCCCAUGCAGAUCGACGGAGAGCCGUGGAUGCAGCCGCCGUGUACUAUUAAUAUCACACACAAGAACCAAGCCUGUAUGCUGAUGGCUCCUCAAGCCAAAUCCUCCGGCUUUUUUAACCUGAAGUAGUGUCUGUGUCUGUGCCUGCGUUCGCCUCUGCGCCUGCAUCUGUAUCAGCAACCUGACGUGUAUAUGUGGUCCAUAUAUAGCAAUUUAUAUUUAUAUAUGGAUGCUGAAACCAAUGUGGCCAAACUGUGUGUGUGUGUGUGUGUGUGUGUGUGUGUAUAUAUCGAAAAGGAAAAUAUACCUAGAAUAUGAUGCUUCGUUUCUUAUUUUAAACCCUUAUUGUGGUCUGAGGAGAUGAUCUCCUCUUCAAACUUUCAUUUACCUCAGUGGUGCAUCAAGAACGCAGUGUUAAUUGAACUUGAUCCCCGUACGUCGUGCCGUUUCAGUCGUCCUUCACGGUAACCGGAAGGUCAAGAUCACAGCGGAUAUACAUUACGGCUUUGGUUUUUGUUUUUUCGUCGGCUUAAAUCUUCUUCUUCUAAAAAUACUAAUCACUAUUAACAUCAAGGUAUGAACUGGCUGUGUUAGGUGUUAGGCCUUAGAGAUUAGAGCAAAUAUCUGAGCAUGCGAAGAUUGCCAAAGCAGCCUGUGAUCGUCUUUACACCCGCAGUCUGAGGUGUAGUAUUUAGAUAACACGAUCUCUUCGAACUGAUCAUCCGAUUAUACGAUUUAGUACGUUAUAACAGCUUGUCAUGUUCAAGUUUAUAACUUAACUGUGUUGAUGCAUGUCUUAAAAACAUAGAUCUUAAUCCUGCAAACACACACAUGCUUAAAAAAGUAGAUUGUGAGAAGUCACAUGCCUUUUAAGAGUUGAUGCCAUUUUCUCUUGCUUAUUUCUUGAGAAUGUAGAGCUUUCAGAUUACUGCCUGUAAAGAUGACUGAAUAAAUGGCACAAAAUGUGUAA